AUGGUGCCCCUGUCGCUGGCUUGUCGAGUAGUGUUUCGUAGAAGAGGUUUCGACAGGUUGCGAAGAACAGAAGUUUCAAGUCAUUCCGAGGCCCUUUUCUCCGACAUUCAGCAGCUGUGUGACUUCUGCGCGCAGCUACAGCGGAGCGGGGCGAAGUCGCCGUCUCGGGCGGAGCUCGUUAGAGGUCCUCACCAGGAAAGUCGCACGCGACGGGAGGUCGAGAGCCUGGUCGGCCGGCCAACGACCGGCCAUGUAAUAUUUAGAAGGGCGGUCGGCAGAAGGAUCACCGGAGCGCAGAAUGCUCCAGUCCUUCCAGAUAACGAGCCGUCUCCAGCUCCGGCGCUGCAGCCACGGCCGGGGCUGGAAAUGCUGCGCCCUCUCACGGUUGGUCCCUUAGGAACUUACCACCACCACCACCACCACCACCACCACCACCACCACCACCACCACCAGAAAAUAACUGAAGAAGAUAAAAGCAGACUCCACCCACCACCACCACCACCAGAAAAUAACUGA